AUGCCCGAGCACGAAGAUGAUCUCGUUGCCUCCAAGACCGAGGGUUUCAAGGUCGGAGAGAAGAAGACAAUCAAUGAGUACACUGAGCUUGAUAAGAAUGACGAAUCCCUAAACCGCUGGAAGGCCUCUCUAGGCCUUGCAACCGGUGCAACAAUUGGAGACCCCAACGAUCCCAGAAAGUGCAUCAUCAAGUCUCUCGCCCUGGAGGUGGAGGGACGUCCCGAUGUGGUCAUCGACGUGUCCGCGCCCGGUGCAGUUGAUACUCUUAAGGACAAGCCAUUCACCAUCAAGGAGGGUGCCCACUUCCGGAUCAAGGUCGUCUUCCAGGUGCAGCAUGAGGUCCUGAGCGGUCUGAAGUACCUGCAGGUCGUUAAGAGGAAGGGUGUUAGGGUUAGCAAGGACGAAGAGAUGCUGGGUAGCUAUGCCCCCAACACCACCGACAAGCCCGUUUACGAGAAGAAGUUCCAAGAGGAAGAGGCCCCCACCGGAUUUAUAGCUCGUGGUCAUUACAACGCGGUCUCGAAAUUCGUGGAUGACGACGACCACACUCACCUGCAGUUCGAGUGGUCGUUUGAUAUCGCGAAGGAUUGGUAA